AUGAGGAGGGCUCGGCGCAGUCCUACUGCGAGGUUCUCCACAGGCACGUCGGCUGUUGUUUUUGCUGUGGCUGGGGAGGGCUGGACCCUCAAGACCAACAGGAAGAAGCGGAGCCGCGUCCAGGCCCCCUUGCCGGCCUCGACGGUGCGCCAGGACCUGCCGGCCGAGCUUGCCGGCCUAUGCUUCAACUGCCUCGCCGGCGACCAUGUCGCGGCCUUCUGCCCCAAUCCUACGAAGUGCCUCCACUGCAAGGGCGAGGGACAUGUCACGAGGGCCUGCAAGGCGAGGCGUACCCCCUCCCGCUCCCCUCCGGCAUCGGCGGCAGCAGUGCGUGGCGCGCCUCCCCUAGGCCCGGCUCUAAUCCGUGGUGGGCAGCGUCCGGGGUCGGCGCUUCUUGUGCGGCAGGGGCCGGCUGCCCCGAUUCCGGUGGUUGUGGUUGCGGCCCCGGUAGUGGGCGCGGCUGCCCCACCCCCGGCGGCUGUGGUUGCGGCGGUUCUGGCUCCCGUGGCUGUGCCCCCCGCCGGCGGUGCCAGAGGCUCUAGCCCUGCCGCGGGGUGCGGCUUCUCUGUGCCCUUGAGUGGAGACUUGCAUCAUUCGGAGGACGGUGGCGGUGGAUGA